UAUUAUUUUUUGUCAGUGCAUAAGAACUGUGCCGAGGUGUACAAAUCUGGUAAAAUAACUAGCGGUGUUCAUGUAAUCAACCCGGAUGAUGCUGGACCUGACUUAAGAGUGUUUUGUGACCAAAAAACUGCCGGAGGGGGAUGGACGGUGGUCCAAAAGAGACUUAAUGGCUCUGUUGAUUUUUACCGCGGCUGGUCUCUCUACAAGAAAGGCUUUGGUAACCUUAAUGGCGAGUUUUGGCUCGGAUUGGACAAAAUACACCGACUGACAAAAUCUCCGAGCAAGCUUCGAGUCGACCUAGAAGAUUUUAAAGGCAAUACUGCUUACGCUGAGUAUGACGUGUUUGCAGUGGAGGACGAAAGCAAAAAAUACAAGUUGAGAAUAAAGACAUACUCUGGAACAGCUGGCGACUCCCUUUCAAUACAUCAUGGCUAUCCCUUUUCAACCAAGGACAGCUCCGACAAUAACUGUGCUGUGACACGUAAAGGAGCCUGGUGGUACUCAGCCUGUCAUAGCUCAAACCUCAACGGCUUCUAUCAUCAUGGGAAGCACACAUCGUUUGCUGAUGGAGUCAACUGGUAUCACUGGAAAGGAUACUACUACUCUGUGAAGAGGGCUGAGAUGAAAAUCAGACCAGCGGAGUUUCAGUAGAACUUGUAGGCUACCUUACUAAGACAAAUAGGAAUUCUCAUUAGUUAUCUGAUGUUUCUCCUCUCCCAUCCCCCAUCCCCUACCCCCUUACCCAUGUAAUGCAACUGACAUAAUUUUCAAUGACCAAUGAACGAUCAAAAGCCUCUGCAACUUUCAGUAAGUACAUCAGAUUAGUUUGAAAUUUUUAUUGAAUCAGAAUCCGCCUGCGGGGUUUUAUAAACCAUUCAAAACAGUGGUAUUACUUGGAGUCCGAUCCGUAUCAGUCGUAUAUAGAUUUAGCUAAGCCUAAAAGCGAGCUUGCAUUUUUUUUCUCGCACGUCUCAAAGGCACAACGCCUUGCCCCGGGCAGGACUAAAACCAGGGUCGUCCGACUCGGAGCCCAGUGCACUGACCACUGGACUACUGGACAAAACCGUGGCGUUGGCGUGCCCGCGGUGCAGUUGACCGCGCAUGCUAAAAGUAGCACCCAACGGACGCCCGCACGGUCGUAAGUCCAAAUUUUUUCGGCUUGAUGGGUUACUACUACUAUUUUGUAUAAUCAUGGGGCUACGCUCCGCUAUUAAACACUAUUGAUCAGUGUAGGCUCAUGCAUCAUUUUCAGCAUUCCACAUUCUUUGAACAUAAAUCCUUGGCUAACAGAUUAAGUUCUUAGAAUUUCGCUCGAAUUUCCAAAAAGCGUAAAGAGCCGCCGCGGUCCUAUUCUGACAUUUAUAUUUAGUGCUUUUUCUAAUUUGCAUAAUCCAUAAUCGGCCCGUGGGCAUUACCGCCGCAAAAUGGCCUGCUCUGAGGCCACUCUUAACCAGUCAGAGCGCGCGUUAUAUCGGCCACGAGCCAAAGCCAUAUAAUUAUUAUUAAUAGAAAGAGUGGUGAGAAACCAAAUUACUUAUGGUCAAUGAUUUUUUACCGCUCGAUAAAAGCUUAUCCUUUUAGAAAGCAGCCAGUUCCACAGCCCCGGCUGACCUAGCAAGCAUAGUUAUAGGUAAUAGUUGAGGAUUCUUGUUGUGAAAGCAUUUUUUGCAGUUAUAUGUUGGGAAAUCUUAAUAUCAAUUAAUGGCAACUGGAAAAUGUAACUUUCAAUGAUGUUUGAAUGACUUACAGUCACGCACUACUCCCUUUUUCUUAGGAAUAUUUGCUUCUUUUGAUCGCAGCUAUCAACUAGUGGGGAUUACCCUUUGCAAACGGCUGUAAAAAAAUUGAAUAGUUUUAUGCUUAAAACUAAGUGUUCUUGUAUCCCUGGUACAUAAUUUUGACGCAGAACUAAUUAAUAAAAGAAACCUAAAAGAAAAUCAAAGUUUGUGUGAGCCGCUGCACUCGGGUAAUGAUUAAUGAAAGUCUGGGAAUGGACUUUUUGUACCUAUUCAUAGCACA